AUGGGAGUAUUUGGUACAUCUAAAAAGGAAGAGGACGAACUUAGGGAGGCAGCUUUGUCUUCCCAGCAGCAAAGAGUCUCGUCGGAAAAUUUUGAUAGAAGAGCUAGUGCCACGUCGAAUAACUUAUCACAUUAUGAAACAGCAUCGGAAUAUUCAGUGUCUGCAAAGGAUAACACUGCUGAAGAUCAUGAAAACCAAUACCCAUCGCCAAAGGGUAUCCAAACCCAAAAUUUUGCCCAGUCAGAGAAAACUAAUGAACCCACUGAGCAAUUGAAUGGGUUGGCUGGAAGUGCUGACAGCAACGCAAAAACCAUAGAUGUUAAUAGGACGCCCCACAAUCCUGAUGUACCACUGAAUAAUCUGUACUUGUCAAGCGAAACUGCUUCAGCAAACGAUUUCCAACCUGUCGGUAUAGAACAAGAAAAGGAGCCCCGUGAAGAUGAAAAUGCUUUAAACAGACAGUACACAUUGGAACGAAUAAAAUCGGGUAAGUCAAUUGAGGAAGCCGCCUCAGAGCAAUUGAGACACGAAGCCAGUGACCGUGUUUACGGUGUGAAUGAACUAGACUGGGAUGGUCCAGAUGAUAAGGAUAAUCCACAGAAGUGGCCAAAGAUCAAGAAAUGGUGGGUUACUUGGACAGCUGCGGUAAUGUGUCUAGUUUGCUCGUUGGGAUCGUCUAUGUACACAGCUAGUAUACCUGAAUUGAUGGCCCAGUUUGGUGCUUCGCAGGAAUUGUGCCUUUCUGGUUUAACGUUUUAUUUGAUCGGUUUAGCAAUUGGUCCUUCGAUUGCUGCUCCUUUGUCGGAAACAUACGGAAGAAAACCUCUUUACGUAAUUUCUUGGCCCAUUGCAAUGUUGUUCACCAUGGGUGUUGGUUUGUCGCCCAAUAUUAGAACCUUAUUGGUUCUCCGAUUCUUUUGCGGAUUUUUUUCAAGUCCAGCUUUAUCUAUUGCCGGUGGGACUAUUAGUGAUAUUUGGUCAGAUGAACCAUCUGAGCAAUCAUUUGCUGUUGCCAUUUUCUGUUUGUGCCCAUUCUUGGGCCCUGUUAUGGGUCCAAUUAUUGGUGGGUUUUCGGCCGAAUACAAGAACUGGAAAUGGUCUGCUGCUUGGGUGUUGUUGAUGUUUUUUGGCGCAGCUUGGCCGUCUGCUAUUUUGUGCCCCGAAACAUUUAAAAAGACCAUAUUGGUUCGUAGAGCUAAGAAGAGAGGAAUCAAAGUUGAGACACCAACGGUGAAUUGGAUGUACAUCAAGAAGAUGAUCAAAUUCAGCUUGGGAAUGCCUAUCUUGUUGUUGGUUAGAGAGCCAAUUGUCUUUUUCAUGUCCUUGUAUAUCGCGUUUGUUUUUGCAGUUUUGUUUGCAUUUUUUGAAGCCUUCCCGGUUAUUUUCAGGGGUAAGUAUCACAUGGAAUUGGGUAUUUCAGGCUUGCCAUUUAUUUCCGUUGGGAUUGGUCUUGUAUUAGGGGUAGUGUUUUAUGUUAUAUUGGAUAAGACAAUCUACUUCCCUAAGAACCCCGAUGGAACCAGAGGAAAGAGGGAUGAAAAUGGUAAUAUAAUUUGGGACGCACCUGAGAAGCGGUUAUUGGUGGCAAAGAUUGGUGCAUUUUGUCUUCCUGCCUCUCUCUUUUGGUUGGGUUGGACUGGUAGAACUGGAGAUAUCCAUUGGCUCGCUCCAACAGCCAGUGCCAUUCCUUUCGGUUUCGGAUUGAUUUUGGUUUUCUUUGCUGUGGUUUUGUAUUUUUCCAUGUCUUUCCCACCAAUCAUUGUUGCAUCUUGUAUUGCCGCUAAUAACUUGUUGCGUUAUAUUUUGGCAUCGGUUUUUCCCCUUUUCACUGUGCAAUGUUUCGAGAAUUUGGGAAUUGGUUGGGCAGCUUCCUUGUUUGGUUUUAUUGCGUUGAUUAUGGUGCCAGUGCCAUUUGUUUUCUCAUAUUUUGGACCUAGAUUUAGAGCAAGAAGUAAGUUUGGAUAUGCAGCAUAUUUCAAGAAAUUGGCUGAAGAGAAGGCUGCUAGAGAAAAGGCUCAUAAGGAAGCCGGUGUGGCCAACGAACCGGCUCCUAACACCGAAAAGAAUGUAGCCGAUCAAGUGUAA